AUGCUCGCUGCUCGACGCGUGCCUCGCAUAGCGCGCUCCUUCGCCACUGUCGCCGACAGCGCCAGCUACAAGGUCGCCGCCGUCGACGCAAACCAGCCGACGUCGUCCGUCACGUUCCUCGUAAAAGCAGGCAGCAGAUUUGAGACGAAGCCCGGCGCUGCCCAUGCUCUCAAAAACUUUUCCUUCAAGAGCUCUGCAUUCCGCUCAGCGCUGGGAACAAUUCGUCAGAGCGAACUAUAUGGUGGCGUGUUGUCCGCGUCGCUGGGUCGGGAGCAUCUAGCAUUGACGGCUGAGUUUCUUCGUGGUGAUGAAGAAUUCUUCGUCCAGCUCCUGGCUGAAUACAUUCAGUCUGCGAAAUUCACCCGCCAUGAAUUCCAAGAGUACGUGACGCCCGUCGUCGAGGCAGAGAGCGCCCAAGCUUCAUCAGACCCCGCCGUCUAUGCCAUCGAGCUCGCCCACGCUCUCGCCUUCCGCAACGGCCUCGGUUCGUCCCUCUUUGCAACUCCCCACAGCCCGCUCACGGUAGAGGACGUGUCUGCAUUUGCUAAGAGUGCCUUUACCAAGGAGAACAUUGCUGUUCUCGGCACAGGCAUUGACCAAGGUACCUUGUCCGAGCUCGUCCAGCGCUUCAGCGGCGCUGCAAAGUCUGCGGGAGCUGCAUCCUCGACCUCUGCCUCCUCUUACUUUGGUGGUGAGACGCGUUUGCAAGCCCAUGGCGGUCCAGAAACCGUCUUCAUCGGAUUUGGUACCACUGGGGCCCCCAGCCCCGAUCUUGCUGCCUUGUCCGCAUACCUUUCCCCGACCCCAUCUAUCAAAUGGUCCCAAGGGCUUUCCCCUAUCGCCUCUGCUAUACCCUCUGGCACCAGUGUGCAGUCGGUAUACCUUCCUUACUCUGACGCCAGUCUCUUCGGUCUCCUCGUUCAAGGCUCAAGCGGUGCAAGUGUGAAGGAAGCUGGCAAGGCCGCGGUCCAGGCCCUCAAGGCUGCUGCUAAUGGUCUCUCGAAGGAUGAUGCUGCUAAAGCUGCUGCAAAGGCAAAAUUCGCCGCCGCUUCUGUUAUUGAAGGUCGGGAUGGCUUUGUCAACGUUUUAGGUUCAAAGGUCCUUUCUGGCUCUGAUGCUUCCGUCAAUGCCGUGCUUGAACCGUUUGCCGGCGUCACGGCUGCUUCUGCUGCUUCGUCGCUCGUCAGCGCUAAGCCGACUUUUGUUGCUGUUGGUGACAUUGCCAGCCUACCAUACGCCGAUGAACUGGGGCUCUGA